AUGGCUGUAUCACUUCAAACCAAGUACCCUCUAAGACCCAUCACCAACAUCCCCAGAAGCCACCGUCCCUCGCUUCUCCGUGUUCGUGUCACGUGCGCCGUUAGUACCACCACCAAACCUCAGCCUAACCGAGAGAAGCUUGUGGUUGAGAAACGCCUUGUGAAUCCUCCUCUUUCCAACGACCCGACUCUGCAAUCAACAUGGACCCACCGGUUAUGGGUUACAGCGGGUUGCACCACCGUGUUUGCCUCUUUAGCCAAAUCCAUCAUUGGAGGGUUUGGCUCUCAUCUCUGGCUCGAACCAGCUUUAGCGGGUUACGCAGGGUAUAUCUUAGCUGAUCUAGGCUCUGGUGUAUACCACUGGGCCAUCGAUAACUACGGUGAUGAGUCAACGCCUGUUGUAGGAACCCAAAUCGAAGCGUUUCAGGGUCACCACAAGUGGCCUUGGACAAUCACCAGACGGCAAUUUGCUAACAAUCUACACGCUCUGGCUCGAGUCAUAACCUUUACGGUUCUCCCACUAGACCUUGCAUUUAAUGACCCUGUGGUUCAUGGAUUUGUGAGCACAUGUGCAUUUUGCAUAAUGUUUAGCCAGCAAUUCCAUGCUUGGGCUCAUGGAACAAAGAGCAAGCUUCCACCUCUCGUGGUGGCAUUGCAGGACAUGGGGCUGCUUGUUUCACGGAGACAGCACGCGGAACAUCACCGAGCACCGUAUAACAACAAUUAUUGCAUAGUGAGUGGGGCCUGGAACAAGGUUUUGGAUGAAUGUAAGGUCUUUGAGGCAUUGGAGAUGGUGUUGUAUUUGCAGCUCGGGGUUAGACCGAGGUCAUGGAGCGAGCCGAACUCUGACUGGACAGAAGAAACUGAGAUCUCCAACAACUAA